AUGCAAAUGUUCUUUGAAGCAAGAAUAGACAAGAUCGAGAAGGAGAUGGGGAAGAAAAUUGCUGAACUGGAACAUGGCUCUAAAAUUAAAGAGGGGUUAAGAUACUCUGAUUUGUGCAUACAUCCAGACCUGGGCCUACCAGAAGGCUUCAAUAUUCCCAAGUUUGAUCACUUUAAUGGGUCGGGCAAUCCAUUGGCCCACUUGAGGGGUUACUGCAACCAGUUGGUUAGAAAUGGCGGAAAUGAAGUCUUGCUCAUGAGGUUGUUUAGUCGAAGUAUAUCAGGAACAACUAUGGAAUGGUAUAUCUCUCAAGACAUUAGCCGAUGGAAAGCAUGGGAAGAAAUGGUAAGUUCAUUCAUGGAAAGAUUCUGCUUCUAUGUGGAAAAUGUUCCUGAUCGCUUCUCAUUGGAGAAAAUUCGUCAGAAAUUGACUGGAAUCUACAGAGAAUAUGCCAGUCGCUGGAGAGAAGAAGCGGCGCGUGUACAACCGCCUAUGAAUGAAGCUGAGCUGGUAGCCGCAUUUAUACUGUACCAAGAAGCUGAUUGUUUUGACAAAAUGAUAACUAUGAAAGGGAGUUCCUUUGCAGAUUUAGUCAUCGUUGCCGAAGAUAUCGAAGAUGGCCUUAAGACUGGCAUAAUUGUUAGUGUACUAAACAGAGCAGAUGCAUCUGGCGCCGCAGGUUGCAAAAAGAAAAGAGAAGAUAUAGCCUAUAUUUCUAGAACUACUAACCCGAAAAGCCGAGGAAAAGAGAUGAGCCACAAAAAUCCAGAUAACUGCCAAUCACCUCCACCAACAAACUAUAGAACCACUUCACCCCAAUAUAGCCCGAUGUCUGUGUGCUACGCACAACCCGGGUACCAAGAUCCACAACCAAAUUAUCAAAUACCAGCACCAAGCAACCGAGCUCUACGACCAAAUUAUCGAAUGCCAGUGCCCAAUAACUAA